GGAAGCGGAAAAGCGUUUCCUUGCGCACAACAGAGAACUUUCUCAGCGUUUGCAGUGGAGUUUGUUGUUCAUUUUGUAUACAUAUGUAUUCGCGAUGACCUUUAUUUAGUCGAUUUACAACUAUUGGUUAAGUUUCAUAAUGGAUAAAGAGAGACGGCAUAAAAGAGUGGAAUCCCCGGUGCGGGACUCAAAACCGAAAGUCAAACAAGAGAAAUACAGCCCUGCUAGGCCCCAGAGAUCACGCCGCUCGAGUUCGGGGUCCAACGGCAGCCCAAGCCCACCGCCGCAGAGGAGACGAACGAGCAGAUCGCCACCCAGGGCAAAAGGUCAUUCGCCAGGUAGAAGGGCGUUGGGAAGACGAGACAGAUCGCCCCAAAACACCGGCAGGAGCCGAAGCCCUCCCCGCGGUGCCGAUGUGAAAAUAAAGCGGGAGCAGGGUGACCACCGAGGUGCCGAUGACCAUAGAAGGCGCGACCGCAACGACAAGCCAGAGCCCUCGGAGCCACCUGUGCGGCGAAGUAGGUGGGAGCAGUCUGACGGACCCAGAGAGUCUGACAGACCCAAGGAGAGAAAACGAGGAGAGAGAGAGCUGGGUGGAGGUGGAGACAGGCCCAGAGAGCGAGAAUCCCGCUCCUUCCAGGAGCAGCAGGCAGAGAGACAGCAGCACGACAAUCAACGACGGGACAACCGGCACCGGUUUGAGGAGAACGAUGACGGGGGACAAGCUUUCGGACAAGGUACCCAAGAGGGUGGCGAGGGCAAAGACAGCCCCCCAGUCGAUAAAGAGAAGCCCAACUUUGAACUGUCCGGUGCGCUCACAGAAGAUACCAACACGUUCAGGGGGGAAGUGAUCAAGUACAACGAGCCCCCCGAGGCUCGCAUCCCCAAGCGCAGGUGGCGACUGUACCCCUUCAAGAACGAUGAGCAGCUCCCGGUCAUGUACGUCCACAGGCAGAGUGCAUACCUGAUGGGGCGGCAGAGGAAGAUUGCUGAUAUUCCCAUCGACCACCCAUCCUGCUCCAAACAGCACGCUGUGUUCCAGUAUAGGCUGGUGGAGUUCACGCGUUCGGAUGGAACUGGUGGGCGGCGGGUGAAGCCCUACAUCAUUGACCUAGGUUCGGGCAAUGGCACUUACCUGAACAACCAGCGCAUCGAGGCGCAGCGGUACUACGAGCUCAAGGAGAAGGACGUGCUCAAGUUUGGCUUCAGUAGCCGAGAGUACGUCCUGCUACAUGAGUUCUCCGACACAGCCGAGGUGGACGCCAGAGCGGAGGAAGAUGACGAGGGCCUGGACGCGUGAAUGCAAGACCUCUGAGCCUUUUCGAAAUAGUUGCUACAUGCGCGCUUCCGUCCUACUUUCCUUUUUGAAGUAAUUACAGAGCUUAAUUGGUUGGAUUGUUGAAAAUAGUAGGAUUUUGCUUAGUAAAUAUGUGCUUACCUCAGGGAAACAAGGAAGGAAAUGUGCGCUCUUUCAACUAUUCUGACAGGGCCACGGAUUAUCCAGUCAAGUGUAUUGUUGGAAAAUAAUGUUCACUGAUACCUACCACCUGUUGGCCAUCUCCUUAACACGGAUGGGACAAUGAACUGCAUAGAUGGUGUGUUGGGUUAAGCAGCUUUCAGGGUUAACGGAACAAAAAAGAGGGGUAGGAGAAUUCUGUGGUCUCUAUGGCGGUCAUAAAAACCUGCUUUAACCUGCACUAACAGGUCUCAGUACUCUAUUCUCAGGACAUUAGCUUAAGAUCAGUAGUGUGGUUGAUUUCCCCCCCCCCCAUAUAUCUGACUGCUUACGUUCAACACAAGUGCUCAAUGCCAGAAAGAAGUUAAGUUACAAAAAAUGAUUUUGUUAUUAUAUUUUUGGAAUAGAACAUUGAAUACAAAUGAGUAUAUUGCUGAAGGCUAGCCUAUGUCCAGACCUUAACUGUAAAUACACUGGAUGUAUUGAAUGUGAACGCUGGAUUCAUCAUAUAGUGUACUGUAUUUGGGUUUGAGGGUUGCAACAAGGAGUGAAGAAAGCAUACGCGUGUAUGUAUCUGCUUUAAAUGUGUGCUGCUUGUGACGUAGGAAAAAAUGUGUGUGUCGCAGUGUAUUCUCGUUUACCCAUUCUUUACUACCGAAUUGACUGUAGGCUAUGGAGGUUUCUGGAGAAAGAUCGUACAGCAUGACUAUUCCCACUACAAAGACAAUUUUGUUUUUUACUUUUUUGAACCCCAUUGUAGUUCAAUUUUAGAUGUUUUGUAUUGUACAUAAAGGUUGUGAAAGACUCUUA